UACUCUCCGUGGAUGAUGCCCCUCCCUCCGCCGGGAAGCUCACAGCAGCAGCGGCGGCAGUGUGCGCGAGACUCGAGCUCAGGAUGCAGAGCUCUAGAAACACUCGUAAAGUCACACACCUCUUCUAGUCUGUAGAACCGACUACAGGCAUUCUUCAAUACAGGAGGAAGAGCUUAACUCUGGAUCUGGAGCUUUACCCUCAUUUUUAAGCGAAGUAGGACUCGUACUGUAAGACUUUGCCAGUUUUGUUGGAUCAAAUCCACGAUCACAGCCAGAAGUGCGGAUCAUCUCAGAUUCCAUCACUCCAUCAAGAACACAAAUGAUGCUCGCAGUCAUAUGAAAUAAUGACUCGGUUUAUCAUGCUUGCACUUCUUGUGAAUUUCAUUACCAUUUCACAAGGUCUUUCUCCUUUGAGUUCUUCUGAUGGCCGGGGAGGUGUUUAUGAAGACCUGAAGUGGAAGGCUCUGCUAUGUUGUGAGCUGCCCUUUGCUCAGACACUUGGCGAUGGUCUUUCAGAACCCCAUCCUGUAGGACAGUGUCAACUACUUAAUGCUACAAAACCAGAAUUCUCAAAUACUUCACCCACCCUUUUUGGAAACUGUUUGGACAUCCUGUGCUGGCUUGAAGGUGAACGGACAAAUUUGAUGUGUAAUGCAAAGAGCCACAGAGCAGCAGCCGCUGCAAGUCUGCUCACCAUUAGACCUCAGUUAGUUGUACAGAUGAAUGCAAGUUCAGAUGAAAUCAUGAGUAUUGGGUCUCAUGCUGCUCAGUGUGCCGGGGAAGAAACUGUCAUGUGCUCUGUUUCUCUUCAUGGCAAUGACGCAACUGUCUUAUUGACCAUCAGCAUUACUUUGAACGAGACUACUGCACUGUCACCCAAGAUGCAAGUCAGCACACAUCAUCUGCGAAGACCAGACGCACCUGUCAAUCUGCAUUACAAUGUGACGACUGAAGGAGAAGUAAUAUUCAGGUGGAGUGACACACAACCUGACAGUUAUGCUAUAAACUAUGAGAUCCGAUACUCAUCCAAUUCUUCGCUUCAGCAGUGGGAGAUGGUGAAGGUCAAAGGUGGUUCCUGGGUGCCUCUGAAUGACCUCAGUUCUGCGAUCAGAUACACGGUCCAAGUGCGCUGCCAAAGCCACUUCAGCUACUGGAGUGAAUGGAGCCAACCCUUCUAUUUCACACUGGAUGUCAGUUACAUCCCUGCUGAAGUCUUCACGACGCCAGGGACAGAGGUAACGGUUUCGGCUGUCUUCCACAACCGAAGCUGGAGUGCAAGUAAAGCUGUGUGGAUGCUUAAUGGGCAGGUGAAGAUUCCGGAAAGCCAGUACAGGGUGAUCAACGAGCAGGUUAGCGCAGUCACUGUGACGGUAGAUGAACCAGGGUUUGAUACUCUGAUGUGCUGCCACCAGUGGGGAGAAAGGUUCAAGUGCUUCAUCGCCUAUGCCAAAAUAUACACCGAAGGGAUGUUUAAUGCACAUAUUACCUGCCAGAGCAAGAAUUCAGAGGAAGACACCAUGAGAUGUGAGUGGAAUAAGAGCACUUGGGCACAAGUUAGACUCCUUUACAGACAAUAUACAAUGUGUGAGACCAUAUCAGAGAUGGAGGGCAGCGAAGAAGCUGAAGAAAGCAUGUCUUUGGUGAAGGAGUGUCCAUCUGGAGCAGGGGACCACAGAGAGUGCACUUUAAGAAACCUUAGCAUGUUCUCCUGCUACAAAAUCUGGUUGGAAGUGGAAGGAGGGCGUGGGAAAGUGAGAUCAUUUCCUGUCUAUGUUGCACCCAUUGACGUUGUGAAACCAUCUUCUCCCACAGACCUUGAAGCAACCACUUUGCCGAAUAAAACCCUGAGUGUGAGCUGGAAACGCCCAAAUUUACCUGUGUAUGACAUGCACUACGAGCUGCGCUUUGUGGCUUUGCGUGGGAUGGCAAAUACACAAUGGAAGGUCAUGGGUCCUCUUUUGGAACCACAGGCAGAGAUUCUGCUUGAAGAGUCCUGUGUUCAGUUUAAUGUAGAAGUUCGCUGUAGAAGACUGAAUGGGUCUGGAUACUGGAGUGACUGGAGCAUGAGUUACACUUCAGUUGUUUACAACAGGAAAGCACCAGAGAUGGGACCAGACUUCUGGCGCAUCAUACAAGAGGAUCCUCUUAGGAAUGUGACAAACGUCACACUUAUUUUUUACAAGCCCAUCUUAGCAGGAGAUCCAUAUAGCUGCGUGGAGGGUCUGGUGUUUGAACACCAGGUCUCAGGCAGAGCCGUGUGGUCAAAUGAAACAACCUUGGUUCAGUUUCACUCAUUCCAGUGGAGGAAGGAAGCGCACACAGUCACUGUAAUGUCACGCAAUGCUUUAGGCAUCUCUACUCGGAAUAGAAACAUCACCUUAUUGCAUCAACCCAAACGACGUGUCGUACAUUCAUUCAGUGUAGUUGCAAAUGCUAGCUGUGUGCAUCUUUCCUGGAGCCUGUUAUCUGAUCAUCCAGUGCCUCAGUCAUUUGUCAUCGAAUGGUUAGACCUGAACAAAGACCCUGAACAGGACAUGUCUCUCACUGAGAGGCUGCAGUGGGUCAGAGUUCAGUCCACAGCGAGAAAUCUCUCCCUUUGCCGCCGUUUUUAUGGCUCAGAGGAGUUCACCUUGUCUCCAGUGUUUGUGGAUGGUGAAGGGGAUCCGGUGCGAUACACUGCUACUAGGGGCAACCCAGCAGCAUACAUACUCCUACUGAUCAUUGCGUUCUUGUCAGUGGUGCUGUUUGUCACUCUUCUGAUUUCACAAAACCAGAUGAGAAAACUCAUGUGGAAAGAUGUUCCAAAUCCCAACAACUGCUCCUGGGCCAAAGGAAUGGACUUCAGGCAGAUUGACACCAUGGAGAACCUGUUUCCUCACUCAGAGGGUCUCACUGCCUGUCCACUGCUGCUGGUCUCUGAGAGCAUCUGUGAGGUGGAAAUCAUUGAGAAACCACAUCCUGUUACGCUUGAACGUGAAAAAGACAAUGAAGUACUUACUUAUAACUCUGGAGACAAAACAACUACCAGUUCUGCCCUUCUAGCAGACUCGUCUGAACCUCUGUCUCUGGAGGCUUCCACUGCUGCUCCUACCCCAGAAACAUCGGGCCAGUCCUCAGUGACGUACUCCACCAUUCUCCUCUCCAAUCAGCCCAGUCUCCUUCGAAAGCAGCAGGAGAGUCUGAGCAGCUCCAGUGAUGAAGGCAACUUCUCUGACAUCUCUGGCUCUUUCCCUGGGGGACUCUGGGACUUGGAGAACCACGUGUGCUCUGACAGCGUCAAUCACCGCCAUUCCAGCUCCUACAACUCUGUGGAAGAGUUCUCGGAUACAUCAGAUCAAGAUUAUGAAGCAUCAGAAAACACGGGUGUAGCCAAAGACCUCUACUGCCUUGAGGUGAACGAAGAGGUAGAAGAUGAAGAGGAGAUCAAGGAAACACAGGGUGAACAGGAAAAGAAUGAAAAAGUUGUGAGGGUAGAUGCCAGGCCUCUUCUGGAAGGCAAAGAUUCCACAUCCGUCGAUUCCAAUAAUAUAUCUCACAGCAUUCCUCUUUAUCUUCCUCAGUUUCGAACUGAAUGCAUUAAUCCACCCUGAAAUAAAAGCAACAGCACCACUUGGUGGGUUUACUGGAGGUCCACAUAAUGUCUCAAUGGUUUUCCACUAGGGCUGCACAAUUACAUUUUUUC